AUGUGGGACAAAUUUCAUUUCUACAGUUUGGUUGUGAGUUUAGUCUUGUAUCUCGUUGACCUAGCAACUGAUGUUUACGUCGCGGUUCAACAUCACAGGAAUGGUGACGAACUGUUAUCUUACGUCACAGUUUACAUUAUCGUUUUAUCUGCCGUUCUUGUGAAUAUUUAUGCGACGGCCACAUUAAACGCCUCGUGCAAAGUACGAGUUUUAGAUUGUCUCACCCACUUUUCAAUGAUCCAUCACUUUAUUGGUGAAAUCUGCCGUUGUAAAAAGGAAAGUGGCGGCGAUAAAGCUUAUCCCUGCGGCAGUCGAAAACAUUUUUCUGAAUGUGACUGCGAUACGUGCAAGAAGCAACUGGAGGAAAGUGUUAGAGCAUCCCUAGAUAUGUCAUACGUUCGUUCCAUGGAAGCAUUCACAGAAGCCGUACCACAAUGGGCACUCCAAGUUUAUGUGAUGUUUG